AUGAGCGCAAGCAGCCUCUCUUGGGACCAGGCUGUUCUGCAGCCUCCGGUGUGUGAUGCCUGGAAGGAGAUUAUGGAGGGAGCAGCCUACCAGCUGGCCAGCUGCAUCGUCCUCCUGGGUUACAUGGGGGGAAGUGGCAUCUUUGGGUCCCUCUAUAUCUUCGGCCUCCUGGCCCCAGGCUACUUCUGCUAUGCUCUGUGGGGCUGGCUGAGCGCCUGUGGGCUGGAUAUCUUCGUCUGGAACAUGCUGCUCGUCUUCGCCUGCUUGCUUCAGCUGGCUCACCUGGCUUACCGGCUCCGCAAAGACACCAUCCCGGAAGAGUUUGACCUCCUCUACAAGACCAUGUACCUGCCCUUGCAGGUGCCCCUGGAAGUCUACAAAGAAAUCAUGAAGUGCUGCGAAGAGCAAGUCCAGUCGCUAGUCAGAGACCAGAAUUAUGCAGUGGAGGGCAAGACGCCCAUUGACCGCCUCUCGUUGCUGCUGUCUGGCAGGGUCCGAGUGAGCCAGGACGGACAAUUCCUUCACUACGUCUUUCCGUACCAGUUCCUGGACUCUCCAGAAUGGGAGUCACUGCGACCCUCCGAGGAAGGAACUUUCCAGGUCACGCUGACGGCCGAGACCGACUGCAGCUUCAUCACCUGGCCGAGGAAGAAGCUGUAUCUCCUCCUAAGGAAGGACCGCUACAUUGCCCGGCUCUUCUCCUCUCACCUGGGCUACGACAUCUCAGAGAAGCUCUACUCCCUCAACGAGAAGCUCUUUGCCAAGUUCGGCCUUCGCUUCGACAUCCGCUUGCCCAGCCUCUACCAUGUCCUCGGGCCAGCCUCCUCCGAGGGGGAGCCAGAGGACUGCGAGGAGCCACCCCCUGCCUCUGGCCAGGCUGGUGCCUCCGAGCCCCCUCCGCAGCAACCACCACCACCGCCGCCGGCUCCGCGCCCCCGGGCAUCCCGACCUGACAGUGACCUGCUGGCCGAUAGACUGCAAGAUGGGGACUCUGGAAACCUUCUCCGGAGUUCCCCCCACCCUCUCUGCAAAGGACGAGCCCCUCUGGCUCCCACUCAGACCCCUGAACUCUAG